AUUUUCUCCCCUUUGUAUGUGAUGGCUGUUCAGGUGUCUUUUGCCUUCAGCACAGGAGCCGGGAUGCUCAUGGGUGUUCUGAGGUGAAUAUAAGAAACAAUUCUGUGAAACCAGAUCAGCACAGAUCUUACCCGUGCUCAUACAAGGACUGUAAUGGAAAGGAGCUUUUGCCAGUUUUAUGUCCUUACUGUGAAAAACAUUUUUGUCUAAGACACCGGCAUCAAUCAGACCAUGAAUGUGAGAAACUGGACACACCAAAACCUCGAAUGGCUGCCACCCAGCAGCUAGUUAAAAAUAUUAUAGAUUCUAAAAAAAGUGAGGAAGCAAAAAGCAAAAAAUGCAGAGGAUCGAAAAACAGUGCAACAGCAGCAAAAGUGGCAUUAAUGAAGCUGAAAAUGCAUGCCUGUGGGGACAAGUCCUUGCCUCAGACAGAAAGAAUUUACUUUCAAGUAUUUUUACCAAAGGGAAACAAAGAGAAAAGCAAGCCCAUGUUCUUCUGCAGUAAGUGGAGUAUUGGCAAAGUAGUAGAUUUUGCAGCUUCCUUAGCAAGCCUUAAAAAUGACAACAACAAAUCAACAUCCCAGAAAUUGAGUUUAUGCCAUGCUGCCACUGGAGAAGCCUUGCCGUUUGAGCACACAUUGGAAACAUGGCUGUCUGAUAAAGACUAUCCAUUGUACAAUGGUGGAAAUCUAAUUUUAGAGUAUCUUAAUAAUGAUGUUCUAUCUAUAGAAGAUACAGAGUCAUACUUUAGUUAAUCAGUAAAUUAUCACAAAUAAACAAAAAAAGAUUU